CCAAGCCGACCAUCUUGAUUUCCGAUCUCAGUCCUUGACCAUUGGAAUGGCUUGUCUCUACAAUCUCCGCUACACGAACAGUCUAGUCGGGGAGAUAGUGGCGGCUGAAUGGAGUGAUCGGUGUUCACGAACUGAUUUGCGAGGUGUUCCGCCACCGGGAGCUUGUUCGGAUCUUGGAGGUUUUCGGACCCACCCUCUAUAGACCUCUGGCCCGGAUCGCGGGCGACUUCUGUCAGUUCAAUAGCCACUCUUUCGGUAGCGCAAUCCCGAUUCCUCAGCGCCUCAUUCAGAUCUAUGCUGUUUUAGUACGCAUUCUCAUGUCCACUAUGUCAUUGUUGUUCUCUUGAUGCAGUGUCCAUUUUC